AUGCAACGAUCCACGUCCGCAGUAGAUUUCUCAAAUCUGCUGAACCCCCAGCCUUCCUUCGAGCCGCGACCCCAGACGUCGUCUUCUCCUUCCUCGCCCACCUAUCGGGGCGAUCAUCAGAUGGCUUCUGCCGCCGUCGGUAUCUUACCUCCCCUUGUCGGUGGUGCUGUUCAGCCCCAGCCGACGGAGGACCACCGACAGGACCUGCCUCGUCCUUACAAGUGUCCUCUCUGCGACAAGGCCUUUCACCGCCUCGAGCAUCAGACAAGACACAUCCGAACUCAUACUGGCGAGAAGCCUCACGCCUGCCAGUUCCCCGGAUGCACAAAACGAUUCUCUCGCUCAGACGAGCUUACUCGGCAUUCGAGGAUACACAAUAACCCCAACUCACGGAGAAGUAACAAGUCUCAGCAUGUAGCAGCCGCAGCGGCUGCUGCUGCUACCGGCGGUCUUCAUGAUGCGGCUGCCAUGUCAUCCAUGAUGCCUCCUCCGCCCAAGAGCAUUUCUCGGAGCGCUCCUCAGUCGAGAGUGGAGUCUCCCAACGUUUCUCCUCCUCACUCCUACGCCACCUUUGCUGCUCCGCCGCCUUCGGGAUUCAACCUCUACUCGAGAAGUAAUGGCAGCAGUCCCAGCGGUCUCCACCACAACCCGCUUGACAUUAACCUCCUUGCCACUGCUGCCUCUCAAGUGGAGCGAGAGACACAGCCCAUGUCGCAGUACUCGCAAAGACAUGCCCACUUCCCUUACAGCUACUCGACGAGUCGGCUGCCGUCGUUGGCUUCGUAUGCUUACUCGCAGUCCAUGUCUCGCUCGCACUCGCACGAUGACGAUGACCCAUAUGCGCACAUUCGCACGAAAAAGUCGCGCCCGAAUUCUCCCAUUUCGACGGCUCCCUCAUCUCCGACUUUCUCGCACGACUCGUGCUCGCCGACUCCCGACCACACUCCUCUGGCAACUCCUGCGCACUCGCCUCGCUUGAGACCUCACACGCUCUCCGAGAUGCACUUGCCUGGCAUUCGUCAUUUAUCGCUCCACCACACACCGGCUCUUGCUCCCAUGGAGCCCGCAGCUGAUGGCAUGCCUGCAUUCAGUUCGCCGCUUGGUCCCCUUCCUCGCGCUUCGGGCCUGAGAAUCAGCGAAAUCAUGUCGAAACCCGAUGGUGCCCAGCGCAAACUGCCAGUCCCGCAGGUGCCCAAGGUGGCUGUUCAGGACAUGCUGAACACUAAUAGCGGGUUUACCUCUGGCACGUCUUCGACGACGGGCUCAGUGGCUGGUGGUGACUUGGCGGAGCGAUUUUAA